GGUCCUGACUCACUCUUCAUCUUCGUUCGCUAUUCAAAUGCGUUUAUGUGACAAAACUCACAAGGAUAAAAGAUUGAUGUUUAAAUAAGGUACGUAACAUGUAAAGAACUAAAGCAAGCAUAAUUUCGUCCACACGAUCGUCGUAUAUGAAGUCUUAUUUCUAAAACAAAGCUGUGUCCAGUUACAAGGAAGUGAAUCAGAAUGAUCUCGUAACGAGCCCAUCCUUUACAUUUGAAUACACACGUCUACACUACAAUACAAGGAAAGACAUAAAUGAAGAAAUAUUUCAUUAUAAAACUGUGAAUUUACGUUGUGAAACGAAGAAAUAAGUGUCAAAAUGUAGAAAUAGUCGUUUUUGGUAAUAUUUGUUUGAAGUUCAAACAAAGGCUUCACAAUUAAAACCAAACAUUCUUCAUUAAAGUAAGUCAGAGUAUUUACAGCAUUAUAUUCUAAACAAAUUUCUUGUUUGAAAAUGGCUUCACCACCUCAAAAACUGAAGAUUGAAGCAAACGGAUCUCGUUUAAGUAAACUCUUGAUAAAUAAAGGAACACAAGCUUUGAAAACAACAUUGCAGUUUAAUAUAAAUUUUCGCUCGUCAAACCUAAGCGAUGAACUUAAUAAACCCUCAAAUAAAAGUACAUUGGAAUCAUUAAGAAAAAGAAGCGUCAUCAACAAAGAGCAAUGGAACCUUCUUUACCCAUCAACUGGUUUGCCAAAUCUUGAAAACUUUGAUAUUUCAUUAAUGACUGUCUUAUUGCGUAACAUAUGUGGUCUAACACCGCCACAUGGUGGAUGGGAUAAUCUUCCUUUCUCUUCAGAUUUUUCAAUCUCAGCAAAUAUUGCAAGAAUAAAGUUUUACCGAAACAAAGUGUAUAGCCACAUAAGCACAACUAGUGUAGAUGACAGUACGUUUGAGCAAUUGUGGGAUGAAAUCUCAAAAGCAUUGGUUGGUCUGGGUAUUCAACAAACUGAAAUAGAUGAAUUAAAGAAAGCUCCACUCAGUCCUGAUGAAGUUAAUUAUACUACAAUGCUAAAAGAAUGGCAUAAAAGAGAAGAGCAGUUAAUCGAUGUCACUGAAGAAAUCAUAGAAGAUGUAAAAGUAAUAAAAAGAGAUGUUGUAGAGAUCAAACAAGAGAUAGCUACAAAAGUUACGAACAUAAAUGAGGAUGUAGCAAGAGUAAAAAAAAUGAUACAGGGCAAAACAUAUUCAGUUGUCGAAAAGCUUGGAAAGUGUAAUUUUAACGGUCUUAUGAAAGAUCUUAACAUGAAAUACCUUGAAGGCACUAGACAAUGGUUAUUUGAAAAACUCGACACUUGGUUUAACGAUAGAAGUGAAGAUGCUUCUAAUGUCAUGAUUUUGAUUGCUGGUCCUGGCGUUGGUAAAAGUGUGUUUGCUGCUGAGGUGUGUCGACGAUAUUCUGAAAAGAAGAAACUUGCUGCUUCUCAUUUCUGCAGGUAUAAUAGAUCAGAUUAUAGAAAUCCUCGAAUAUUGAUAGAAUCAUUGGCUAGUAGCAUGUGUGAUACUAUAUCAAAUUUUAAAAGUAGACUGAAUGAAGAAUUACAGAGAAACCAUUCAAAAGACUCAAUCACCGAUGCAUUCCGUGUUUUAUUAAAUGAUCCAUUGCAUUCAUUGGAAGAUCAUGAACCAAUGAUUUUGGUUAUUGAUGCCUUAGAUGAAAGCCAAGUUGAUAACAAAAGCGAAUUAUUGGAAUUGAUUGCAGAAGAGUUUGACCGACUGCCAAAAUGGAUUAAAAUCUUCAUCACCAGUCGUCCAGAACUUCCUGUUCUAAAAGAGUUGAAAGACAUGAAUCCUGUGGAAAUUACAACUCAUCCUCGUGAUGAAAACAACGAAGAAGACCUGCACAAGUAUUUAAGUCAUCAGUUGAAUGAUCGGGUGCAGAAAGAUCGCUACCUUCUUCAGUCAUUAGUUGAAAAAUGUGAGGGAUCAUUUCUUUAUGCUUAUCACGCACAACUGAGCUUAAAGAAAGAAGAAAUUGAGCUUACAGACGAGAAUAUUGAACAAUUGGUCCCUAGUGGGUUAAGCAGUGUUUACACAAAGCAAUUCAAAAGAGUAAAAGAAUGGUUAACGAAGGAAAGAACCAGAAACUCUGUUAUCGCAGAAACUACUUUCAUGCAAUUUCUUGAAUUGUUGGCUGCCUGUCGGGAGUUUUUACCAUUAACAUUACUGCUUAGUUAUUUAGGUUUUUCUGGUGAUAUCAACUUUGAAGUCCGCAGUAAAAUCAUUGAACCAUUAUCUCAAAUUUUGCCAGUUUACGAUGAUUGUUUAACCGUGUAUCACAAAUCUCUACUUGAUUGGUUGAAGUCAGAUGGUUACGAACAGCAUGAGUUUACAGUUAAUCCAAAAAACGGUCAUAAGUUCUUAUGGCAUGCUUGUGAGAAAGUGUUUAAACAAAUUAAGUCGAUGAACAUUUUUGAAGAUCAGAUUAAAACUGCUAUGAUUAAAUAUACUUUGAAGAAUGGUGUCCACCAUAUGAUAGAAUGUGGCGAAAAUGUUGACUUUAGCUGGGCAGUAGAUGUCAAAGUGCUUUGUGCGAGGUUAAUUGGUGAAACAAUGAAUACCAUUAGGUUAGAAUUGUCUGAAAUCAUUAAAAAAAUUCGAACUUUUUUGAGAACAGAUGUACUUGAGGAACAACUGUUUCACUUGUUUAUGACAAUGAGCCCUAGAUCAUAUAUGAUUGAUGAUAGCUUAUUUUAUUUACAAACUAUUGCAAAUAGAAUUCAUGGCAGCAACGAAAAAAGAUUAUUGACGAGGGAUUUAUUGAAACAGGGAAAGUUUGUUUGGUUUGAGGAUUUACACUCAACAUAUUUAACAAACCAUCAUCAUUUGACUGUCUCCUUGCGUGCUAACGUUACAUCACUUUGUGUGUCGUCCAAUGAAGAACUUCUUGCUGUAGGAUAUGAUAAUGGUCAAAUAUCUAUUUUUGAACUUCCUGAAUGCAAACAACAACGCACUCUAGGCACUGUACUCGAUAAUUCAAAGUUGUAUAAGUGGGACAGUGUUAAUACAUUAAUGUCCCGGUAUGACAUAUAUGACUAUCCAACAUUAAAGGACUUUUGUUUUGAACUUGGAAUCAUCUGUUGUUGCUCCUUUUCACCUACCGGAAAUAGACUGGUAACUAGUGAUGGAUCUAAUGAAGUAAAGUUGUGGGACGUUAGCAAUGGACGUUUGUUGUUGUGUUUACAGUCAGAUGAUGUCGUUAAUCGUUGCUCUUUCUCUGAUUCUGGUUUGUUUAUUACAGCAAAAUAUGAAAAACAUUACAAGGGACUUUCUAAAGAUGUGUUCACUGCAUGGAAUUCAUUAACUUUGCAAAGAAUAGAUCGACGCUGCGUUGUUGAUUACCAAAAACUACAAUCCACAGAUAAAUAUUCAGAGUUCUUUGGUGCAGAAUUUGUCAAGACUUCGUAUGUUUUUCAAUUCCCAAAGGCAAUCGAUAUUUUUUCAAGAAAAAAGAAAUAUUCACCACCUUUAAAUUUAAUUAUAACACACCAUUAUCGUGAUUGUAUUUUUUAUCAUAUAAGCCAGAAUGGAAAGCUUUCUGAAAUCACAAAAUACAACGAUCGAGGAGAAAUCGGAUUUUGUUUACCGAAUGUUAGGUGUCCAUGUUUUUGGAGGAAUCUUAAAGACGUUCAUCCCAUCUCGUUGAAGGAAUUUUACGUUGUGCCGCAGUUUUUACAUUUGGAAAUGAAUGAACAUCAACAAAAUGAAGCAACUCUUGUAUGGAAUUUGGAAGCGGACACUUGUAGUUGUAACAGAAAAGUUUCCACAUUCUUAACUCCAUUUCAAGAAAAUCAGGUGACGCUAAUUCAACCGCCAUUUCGUAAUACGACGAAUGGACCACGUCAAUGUCCAUGGGAAGUUCGUUAA